AUGACCAACAACUCUACAAAACUUCUCUUCCUAUCAACAUUAAUGAUAGGAACGAUCCUGUCCAUUUCAUCAAACUCCUGAUUCGGAGUUUGAAUAGGACUUGAGAUCAACUUACUUUCAUUUAUUCCGCUCCUAACAAGAAAUAAAAAUAUAAUAAUAAAUGAAUCAUCAAUUAAAUAUUUUAUUGUCCAAGCAAUAGCAUCGACAAUACUAUUAUUUUCAAUUUUGCUGAUUCAAAUAAAGUAUCCAAUAGGAUGGGAAACAGAAUUUAUUCCAUCAAUAAUAAUUAGAUCUAGAUUAUUAUUAAAGAUUGGGGCUGCACCCUUUCAUUUCUGAUUUCCAGAAGUAAUAGGAGCUUCAAGAUGAAAUAACUGUUUAACACUAAUAACAUGGCAAAAAAUUGCCCCAAUAAUAGUAUUAUCUUACUGUAUUCAACUAAGAACUUUCAUUUGAACAAUUAUUAUUCUAAGAAUUAUUAUUGGGGCAAUAGGUGGUUUAAAUCAAACAUCGCUACGACAACUUCUAGCAUAUUCCUCAAUUAGACAUUUAGGGUGAAUAAUUAGAUCCCUAACAGUUAGAGAAAACAUUUGAGAACUAUAUUUCAUUAUUUAUUCACUAUUAAGAUUAAUUAUGGUCCUAUUAUUUAAGCAAAUAAAUUUAUUCUUUAUAAAUCAGAUCUAUUCAGCUAGAAAUAUAAAAACUGAAAUUAAAUUCAUAAUAUUCUUAUCCCUUUUAUCAUUAGGUGGUUUACCACCAUUUCUUGGAUUUCUACCAAAAUGAAUUGUAAUACAAUCAUUGAUGGAAAAUAACAUAACAACUAUUAUAACAAUUAUGGUUGUAUUAACUACAAUCACACUUUAUUAUUAUAUACGUAUUAGAUUCUCAGCCCUAAUUUUAUCAUACACAGAAAAUUCGUGAUCUAUAAAAAUAAAGUCUCAAAAAUCAAGAAUUAUUCUUCCUAUAACAGUUAUAAUUUCAACAAUAGGAUUAGUCUCAACAUCAACCUUAAUCUCAUUAUACU